GAAGCGGCGAGCGACGGGCAGCGCCGAGGGCCAGAAAGGCCGGUGGGCAGCGGGUGUGCCGCGCGCUGGGGCCGCGAUGGAGGACGAUGCGCCCGUGAUCUACGGGCUGGAGUUCCAGGCACGAGCUUUAACACCUCAGACAGCAGAAACGGAUGCAAUAAGAUUUUUGGUUGGAACACAGUCUCUUAGAUAUGAUAAUCAGAUUCACAUCAUAGAUUUUGAUGAUGAAAAUAACAUUAUAAACAAAAAUGUUCUCCUUCAUCAAGUGGGUGAAAUUUGGCACAUCUGUACCAGUCCUGCAGAUAAAGGUGUACUAGCAACCUGUUACAAUAAAACUUCAGACAGUAAAGUCAUGACAUGUGCUGCUGUUUGGAGGAUGCCGAAGGAAUUGGAAUCAGGCAGUCAUGAAUCCCCUGAUGAUUCAUCAAGCAACACUCAAACCCUGGAGCUACUCUGUCACCUUGACAACACAGCCCAUGGCAAUAUGGCCUGUGUUAUGUGGGAACCAAUGGGAGACGGUAAAAAGAUUAUUUCACUGGCUGAUAAUAACAUAUUAUUGUGGGAUUUACAGGAAAGUUCAGCCACAGCUGUGCUCUCUAGUUCUGCAGCCUUGGAAGGGAAAGGACAAUUAAAAUUUACUUCUGGAAGAUGGAGUCCACACCACAGUUGUACACAGAUUGCAACAGCCAAUGAUACCACUGUUCGAGGAUGGGAUACACGAAGCAUGAGACAGAUAUAUUGCAUAGAAAAUGCACAUGGACAGCUGGUACGAGACCUAGACUUUAAUCCCAAUAAACAGUACUACCUGGCUAGCUGUGGAGAUGACUGCAAGGUGAAAUUCUGGGACACAAGAAAUGUCACUGAACCAGUGAAGACACUAGAGGAGCAUUCCCACUGGGUCUGGAAUGUCAGAUACAAUCAUUCUCAUGAUCAGCUGAUCCUUACAGGAAGCAGUGAUAGCAGAGUUAUCCUGUCUAAUAUGGUAUCAAUUUCUUCUGAACCAUUUGGACAUAUGGUAGAUGAUGAUGAACUAAGUGACCAAGAGGACCAGCAUCAAGAAGAGAAGAUUAAAGAGCCCCUUCAGGACAGUGUAAUAGCUACCUAUGAAGAACACGAAGAUAGCGUUUAUGCAGUUGAAUGGUCCUCAGCAGACCCAUGGCUAUUUGCCUCUUUAAGUUAUGAUGGGAGACUUGUUAUUAACAGGGUUCCCAGAGCUCUCAAAUAUCACAUACUGUUAUAAUUUGUUUGGAUUAUGGUGGAGUUGUUAUCUUGAUGUCCACAAUUGGUUAGGUAUUGUUUAGGGUUUUGUUUUUUUCCAGGAUCUGUUUUUAUGAAGUAUAAAUGCUAGAAUUGUGUUAAGAAUAUCUGUACUAAUAUAGACGAUUUGUCUUUUGCCUUGGAAAACUACGAUGCAUUUUCUGAAUUUUUGUCUUUGAGGGUCUAAUCACUUUGAAUUAUAAAGUUUCUGGAGAUACUGGGUAUUUCCCAUACUGUUGCUUUAUAACUUCAGCUUUAUGCAAAUAUAGUGGAUUACGGAGGUGUUAUGCUGCUAUAAAAUUGGGACAAUGUAGAGUGCGUGUAGCAGAAGUAAUAUAUUAAUUUACAAGAACAAUACUUUAUCUUUUUGAUAUAAGCAGCGUUCUGCUCUUAGCUAGAGCCACACACAUUCUGCUAAAUAUUCCGGUCAUUCUUCAAUGUUCAUAAAUACAGUUGGGAAUGGUCUUAAGGUUUUCUUAAUUAAUUCUGUUUUAAACACUUUUUCUCCCAUUUUGCAUAUCCUAAGAAGAAAUGUUAAUUGUGAAGGUGAAACCUUCAAAAGAUAUUUUUCAUUUAAGCCUUAUUGUAGUAUCAACAAAGCACCAUCCUGUAAUUUGCAAACUAAAUGCAAUUUUGAGCUAUGUGUAGUUUUUGGAAACAAUAUUAGUCUUUACUGAAAUAUUUUAUAUACUCAUGUAAUGUAUUAUCCCAUGUUUAUAGAACUUAGUUGUGUUCUAACGUAUUUUGAGGGACUCUGGAGCUAUUCCAUUGUUAAUGUGAAAAAUCUCUAUAGUAUUUGUAAGUAGUCUCUCUUAUCCUUUUGGCUUUGUGCCAUUCUGCAGUACGCUGACAUGAUGUAGCAGGCUUUCAACUAAGCACAAAAUGCCCUUUGUUAUAUCCUACUCUUUACCUGACUGAGGCAUUGGCGAAUGUCUUGUUACAAAUGCUGAGAGCAGACAGGUGCUGCCCUGUAGGACAAUGCACAGAACACAUGAACCGUAGAGGGAAGGCAUGGUAAAGCAUGCUUGUACAUACUGACACACACCCACACACACCCCCUCCCCUUGCAUAGCUUUCAUUAAGAUGAAAAUUCUGCUGCUUGUUCUUUGUGUACUCAGAUGAAAUGCAGCAGUAAUUGUUCCCUGUUUCUUUUUCAUCAUUUAUGUUCUGUUAACUUCAGAACCUGGGCAUGUGCAACGGUGUUGGUUGUGGUAGCAUUGUGUAAGACCACUCUGAAGAAACAGCAAUGAACAUGGGAUGGGAAGAUCAAUACCAGCCUCUUCCCAUGAUUCUUCCUGUUGCUAUGGCAACUGUUGGUGUUAGUGUUGAGGGACAGCCUGCUGCUCACCUCUGCUUGUCCUUACCCACUCUUGGAUCGAAACAUGUCCAAAUGUGAUUUGUUGUGUAUACACAGCUGCUUCUGUGAGAACAUGCUUUGAGAGCAUGACUGACUGCUCUAGGCCAAAACAUCCAGAAAAGAUGAAAAUUGAAUUCUAUUUCUGACUUUCUUGAAGAGCUUGUUUGGAAGAAUUCAUAGGAGUGAAGUAAUCCAAUUAAAUCAUCUGUACCGUUGUUUGUAUUUCUGUUAUGAUGCUGUCUGUCUGCUCUUGAACGAAUGCUUCAUUGGAAAUUCUGGUGGUCUGAUUUUCUGCGUUAAGAUUUUAAACGUGUUAUUUCAAAUUGUUUCCAUCUGUAUUUAGGCAUGAGCUAUUCACCUGUAUACUAUAAGAAAAAUUACAUUUCUAAAUCAGUGGUGCUUCAGUUAUUUGAAUAUCAAUAUCUUUGGCUGGGCUGUAGCUUUAUAUGUGGAGCUUUCAAUAGUCAGACACAAAAGCUUGUUGGGUCCUAUCCUGUCCAUAGCCCACCUACCCCACUCCCACCUCCCAUCCCCCCAAAAAAACCCUGCAGUAUAUCUUUAGUAUGCAGUAGAACUCUUUAGAAACUUUUUUCACAUUAGCAAUAAAGGUCUAAUGAAAUUUUAUUGUCUGUUAAUGUAUAUGGCUUGUGGUGUGGAGGUGAUGGGAAAUUAUGUAACAGUGUGUGGGAUUUGAUUUGAUUUUCAAAAUGUAAUAAAUGUGGGAUAGAUUUCAGACUAA